GUUGUAUUUUUAUUUUUGUAUUUUUAGUUUAUAUAUAUAUCCUCCAUUCAUUCCUAUCACAUAGAAACGCGUUUUUAUUGUUUAUUUUUUUUAAAAAAAAGUUAUUGUAUCAAGUGUAUAUAAAAUAUAUCUUACAAGAAAAGUAAAAACCCCCAGAAAAAAAAAAUGUCGAAACAACAUCAAGAAACAGAUCAUGGAGCACGUUCUAUAUUUGAUGACCCAGUGGAUUUAUUUAAUUUCAACCAAAUCCAAUCUUCACGUUCUGUACCCGCUUCAAGGAGGAAUUCUCAUGAAGAUCACAACAAUUUGGAUCUCUUGUUAGGCACCACAUUAUCUCUCAAUAACACGGAUUCCGAGUCGGGAUUUCGAAAGUCGCCUUUUACUAUAACACCUCAAGAUCAAGUGACUAGCUUUAAAUCGUCCAUGGAUGACGUGUCUGAAAUCUCUUCCCUAAACCCUCGUUUAUCACAAGCCAAUGAAUCACCUAAACGUUAUCCAACACAUGCCGAGCUGGCAAAGUUUACAUCAGCUCAACAUACACCAUGGUUAACCAACUACCAUUGGGAAUUGCCUACCUCUAUGGGAGUCUGUCCACAAUUACAACAAGUAGGGUUCUGUCCUCGUCAAGAUCUAUGUCCUUACGCUCAUCCAACAGGCGCUUUUUUUGUUUCAAAUAACAAUUCCUCGUUAUACCAACAAGAUCAACAACGACAACCAUUCUUUACAACUCCCCUGAUCAAAAAGAAACAACAACAACAACAGCAGCAGCAGCAGCAAGAUCGAUUUGCAGAGGCAAGUGUAGAGGAUUUCACUGGUAAAUUAUUCGACCUCUGUAAAGAUCAAAAUGGGUGUCGAUUCUUGCAGAAAAAGAUUGAAGAAAAUCAGACGUAUCUGGAUCUUGUCUUUGAUGAAAUCCAACCUCAAUUCGUCCAACUCAUGACAGAUCCGUUCGGAAAUUACCUUUGUCAGAAAAUGCUGGAAAAGUGUCAUCAUGAACAACGCACACUGAUUGUUGAAACUGUCGCACCUGAUCUUGUCAACAUUGCUUUGAAUAUGCAUGGUACACGUGCCGUUCAAAAACUUAUCGAAUAUCUCUCUACCCCACAGCAGAUUAGCAUGGUGACGGAUGCACUCAACGCAAAUGUAGUAACACUGAUCAAGGAUCUAAAUGGAAAUCAUGUGAUCCAGAAAUGUCUUCACCGUCUAUCGGCCGACGAUAAUCAAUUUAUCUAUGACGCUGUGUGUACUCAUUGUAUCCAAGUGGCGUCACACAAGCAUGGAUGUUGUGUUCUACAACGUUGUUUUGAUCAUGCCACUCUAUCACAAAAGGAUCAAUUAGUAGAGGAAAUUGCAAAACACGCACUGACUUUGGUGCAAAACGCAUUUGGAAAUUACGUUGUACAAUACGUGUUGGAAUUGGGUGUGGCGGGAUAUUCGGAAAGUAUCAUUCGUCGGUUUGUCAAUCAUGUGUGUAUUCUCUCUGUGCAAAAGUUUAGUUCCAACGUCAUUGAAAAUUGUAUACGUACGGCUCAACCUGCGACACGCCGAUUAUUAAUUGCUGAGCUUGUGAAUCCGUCGGUCAUGGAAAAACUAUUGCAUAAUUCGUUUGCGAAUUACGUGGUACAGACUUCACUUGAUUUUGCUGAAGAGGAUCAACGUGCUGAGCUUGUGGAGUGUAUACGUCCGUUAUUACCUACUAUCCGUACUACGCCUUAUGGUAAACGUAUACACAGUAAAAUAUUUCGUGAUCCGAAACCUCUGCCAAAAAAUUAAUCAUUGGGGGGUCUUUUGUAAAUAAAUAAAUAAUAAAUGGGAUCCAAAUCCUUUUUUCCCUUCAA